AUGGUGUACCAGACAAUCGCACUCAAUGUCGCUGUAAACUCAUACGACCACGCACUACUUACUCUCUUGGUUUCGAAUCAGUUCGUCGAAAUCAAAGGCAGUGUGUUCAAGAAGUUCGAGAAGGACAAUCUGUUCCAGAUUACUUGCGCGGAUAUCGUCGAGCGCUUCACUCUAUGCCUCAUGCUGAUCAUUGUCGGUUUCCGUAAUCUCAUUGAACUAAGUGGUUCCGAGUUCGACUUCAGUAGUGGUUUCGUAUUACCAAGGAGCUUUGGUUGGUUCCGCGGCAAUAAUGUUCUAUCGACGAUAUCAUAUCCUAUUUUAUCCGUCAUGGCGUCAGAAACAAUAGUCGAUUGGCUCAAACACGCCUUCAUCACCAAGUUUAACCACAUUCGGCCCUCGGUAUAUGAACGGUAUACUGAUGUCCUUUGCCGCGAUUUGGCGAGCGCGAGCGCUGUUAGCCGACUUGGAGUCCGUAAACAUUCAUACGUCGACCAAUCGCCGCUAGUUGCGCGACGCCUUGGGUUCGCCUCCCUCCCGCUCGCUGUCCUCGCCAUCCUCAUCGGGACUCAAUCCGUAACCCUUCUCGUCGCCCUACAAGUGGAUUCUAAUCCUGAAUGGACCUCGUCCAUUCUACCCAACGCUGAUUGGGCGCAUUACGUCAAGUGGGGAGCGCUGGCUGUUCUAUUCUGGCUUUGCUUUGUGGUCAUCAAGUUAAUCAUGGGUGUUAAUCUCGUCAUCUACGCUAUUAAGAGGCGAGCUGGUAUGGAUGCUCGAGAGGCUGAGGACACCGCGAACGACUUUGGACGUCCUCCUAUUGGAGAGGGGAAGGAAGAACAGGCAUAUAAUCGAGAGCUGAAAGGUUUGCUGAACAACAAACGCGAUGAUGCUACCCCUAUCGCAGAAAUCGGUGAAGGGGUUAGAAAUCAAAACGGUGAUGGGGGCGGAAAGGGCAAAGGUCGAGUAAAGCUGGAGGAUCUCACGCGUUUCACGAUGGUGAAGCGAAUAUGGUAG